AUGAUGCUCUCAGUGAACUCCGGGAACUAUGACCGUGCUCGGAAAGCCUACGCUAUCUUGGUGCGAUGUCGUGAGGUCAAGUGGGCCAAACUCUGGCGGCUCGGCAUGUUCCUUCUUUCGAAGUGCGGCGAUGAGCGUCGAGACGUUGAAUAUCUGCGUGCGAUGUUACUUCAACAUCCGGAUGAGGCCGAAGCUAUCAUGCAAGAGCUCGUGCUGACUCUGACCGCCAACGAUCGUGAACGGGAUGCUAUGGACGAGUUAGAACUAUACCUUCCAUCGUUCCCGUACCAUGACAAUGCCGCGCUGCAUCUAUACGCUGGUAUGAUCUCCCUUCAUUUGGCUCAAGGCGAGCAUACUAUCGAUAAGGCGAAGAUACGCUCCGCCCAAGGCUACCUUGAACGUGCUAAACAACUCCAACCUGAGGGGGAAAUUGCGCAAGCGUGGCUCGACAAGUCCGCCGAGUUGCUCGAAAGCGCGGACAACAGGGAUACUGGUACACAUGUAGACACGGACGAAGAUGACGAGGAUGUCGAUGGCGAUGUAAGCAGUACGGGCCGUCGUGCGUCGAAACGGGUGCGAAGUUGA